AUGGAGAUGCUCAAGCAGGCGCUCGAGCAGGCCGUGGCGCUCGAGGCGCCGUCGCCGCCGGCGACGCCCGCCGAGCCCGCGAUGACGCCGGCCGACGGCGCUCUGACGCCCAUCGAGGCCGCGGCGGCCCCGGCGCCGGCGCUGCUCAGCGGCGGCCGCCUCGACAGCUACAUCUCGGCCCUCGAGGACGACGAGGACUCGCACGCGACGCCGACGAGCGUGUCGCGCGGCGCGCCCGUCGAGCUCGAGAAAGCGUUCGCGAAACGCGUCGCGGGCGGCGCCUUCGACGGCGAGGACGACUUGGCCGACGGCGACGUGCCCCUGCGCGUCGACGCGCUGGAGCGGGGCUGCGUGCGCCUGCGGCGCGACGUGAAGACCGUGUGGUCGCUCGAGCGGGCCUUCGAGGCGCGCAUGGCCGACGAGUGCCGGGGCUGGUCCGAGGACAUCGCGAACAUGCGCGACGGCGUCGUCGACGAGAUCCGCGCGGGCCAGGCCGCCGCCGUCGAGGGCGCCCUCGAGCAGACGCAGGGCAAGCUCGACGACGCGACGCGGCGCCUCGCGGGCGUCGAGGGCGGCGUCGCGGACGAGGCGCGCCGCGCCGCGGAGCUCGAGCGGCGCGUCGGCGGCCUCGAGGCGCUCCGGUCGCGCGUGUGCGCCCUCGAGCGCCGCGCGUCCCGCGCCGAGGACCGCGCGGACCGCGCCGAGGCGCUCUGCGACCGCCAGUUCGGCCAGCUCGAGCGCCAGCGGCGGACGAUGGACGCGUGGCUCCGCGAGCUCGCGAAGAAGGCGAACCACGACAGCCGGCGCAUCGACGCCGCCGACGCGCGGGCCCAGCCCGUCCACAGCGCCCUGGCGAAGCUGUCGAACCGCAUCGCCGCCGCGGUGAUGAUCGACGACGCGGCGAACCGGGCCGCGCGCGGCGACGCCGACGGCGCCAAGGAGCUGAGCUCGUCCUUCGCGACGGCGGAGACGACCAUCGUCGACGAGGAGAGCGGCGAGCCCGACGCGGCGCCGACCGCGCCGACCGCGCGCGGCGGGUCGAGCCGCCGCGAGAGCCUGCUCCACCGCCUGAGCCGCGUCGGCUCCGGCGGCGGCGAGACGCUCGCCAUGACCUACGGCCUGCGCCUCGACGCGGCGUCGGAGGAGUCGAAGCGCCGCGCGGACGCGCCCCGGCGCACGUCCCUGCGCCGCGAGUCCAUGCGCGGCGGCCGCCGGUCGACGCUGCGGCGGAGCCGGGGCCCGCCGCCGGGCCUCGGCGUCGUCCGCGAGCGCCGCGCGGGCGCGUCGCCGGCGCCGGCCGCCGCGCCGCGCCGCGACGACCCCGCCGUUGCCGAGGCGCCGGCGUCGGCGACGCCCCCCGAGGACAAGGUCGUCGCGGCGCCGUCCGUGGCCGAGGCCGCGGCGCUCGCCGGGGGCGCGCGCGCCGCGGGCGCCGUGCCCGAGGCCGCGGUGCCCGGGCCCGCGGCGGCCGCCGCGCCGGCGCCCCCGCCGGCGCUGGUCCGCGCGGCGUCGAUCCUCGAGGAGGUCGAGGACGACGACGACGUCGACGUCGAGGUCGAGCAGUUCCCCGAGACGAUCAUCGCCGACAGCAUUUUGGCGAUCCUCCGCCGCGUCGCGGCGCUCGAGCGGGGCAAGGCCGAGUCGAGCCAGCUCCGCGUGCUGGAGAUGGGCAUCUCCAACAACCGCUCGCGCACGGAGGCCGCGGAGCGCAAGCUCGAGACGCGGCUGGCGUCGCACGAGAAGAAGACGCUCGCGGACGUCGUCGAGCUCCGCGAGGCGGGCGACCACGGGAGCGCCGUCGCCGAGAGCCAGGGCGAGCGCAUCCGCGACAUGAGCCUCCAGCACGAGACGCUCAAGUCCGAGGUCGGCCGCAUCAACAACGACGCGCUCCACGCGGUCCGCGACUAUCUCGCGCCGACGCUCGAGGAGGUCCAGAACACGUCGACGGGCCUCACGGAUUUGCGGCGCAAGACGAACGAGCAGUUCAUGAAGAUGGAGUUCCAGAAGGCGACGAACGCGGCCAUGAACGAGAAGGCGGACAUCGUCGACAUGGACACGAAGGCGUCGCGCGUCCAGGUCGACACCGUCGCCGCGUCCGUGACGACCAUGUCCCUGACCAUCGGCUCCCUGAGCGACCGCGUCGUCACGGCGGAGAAGAUGGCCAAGCGCGGCAACGCGACCGUGGAGAAGCUCGAGGCGCUGAUCAUCGAGCUCCGCAAGCGCAUGGCGGCGCUGCCCACGGGUAGAAUCGAGGUCGACGAGAACGAGCCCGUCGACGAGAACGAGCCCUGGCCGCCGAAGCCCCACCGGGGCCACAAGCCGCGCAACCUCACGCCCAUCGACAAGGCGGGCCCGGCCCGCGGCGACGACUCGACGCGGUCGUCGCCGCCGGGGUCGCCGCAGUUCGGCUCGCGCGGCGCCGACGACAGCGUCCACUCCUUCCCCUCCUUCCCCGGGGGGCGCAAGUCCAACGCCAUGACCGUGCGCGAGCGCGAGGUGCUCAACGAGCACCGCAAGUCCUGGAUCAACCCGCAGGGCCCCGGCGCGGAGCACGACGAGAGCGCCAAGGCCGAGCGGCUCCUGAGCGCGGGGCCCGGCGGCCGGCGCCACAAGCCGUCCCUCGCGUCGGGCGUCCUCGAGCACCGGCCCAAGAGCGCGCCGUCGCCCUGGGCGAACCACAACAAGCUCCAGAAGGGCAAGUGCGCGACGGCGAGCGCCGACGCGAUGGAGUCGAGGUCGCCGGCGCGGUUGCCCACGGCGACGGAUCAGCGCUGCCCCGCGGAGCGUCUCUCUGUUGUCGCGCCGCUUUGCGCCGCGUCCGCCGCCAUGGGGAUGCACUUCGACCUGCGGCCGAUGACGCCGGAGGAGCGCGCGUCGGGCCUCGUCGCCGUGGAGUGGGAGAGCGAGGCCGACGACGGUAGCGUGGUGUCGGCCCUCGAGGACGUCGGGUCCGUGGCGAACCGGUCCUACGGGGCGACGCAGAAUUUAGAGUGUUUGCGGGACGACGAGAUGACGGUUUCGAGCGAGGUCGAGGGCCGCGUCGGCAAGUGCGAGCGGUCCUGCGAGCGCCUCGCGCGCGACAUGAAGACGGUGUGGACGCUCGAGCGCGCGUUCGAGGGCCGCAUGAGCGAGCACGUCAAGGGCUGGGGCGACGAGAUCGCCCACAUGCGCGACAGCGUCGUCGAGGAGAUCCAGGACGGCCAGGCGGCCAUCGUCGCCGAGGGCGUCGCGGGCCCGAAGGCCGAGCUCGUCGACGCGCGGCUGAGGCUCGACGCGGCCGAGGCCGCGCAGGCCGUCGGCGAGACGCGCGUCGGCGUCGUCGAGGAGCAGAUUAGCGUGCUCGCGUCGAUCAACGAGCGUCUGGUCGCGCUGGAGAAGCGGGCGGAGCGCGCGGAGCGGCGCGCGGCGCGCGCGGAGACGCUCUUCGACCGCCGCUGCGAGGACAUCGAGACGUUCGCGUCGCAGCUCGACGAGUGGCUCACGGAGGUCGUCGCGCGCAUCAAGCGCGACUCGCGGCGCAUCGACGCCGCGGACCGGCGCGCGGCGCCCGUGCACCGCGCGCUCGCGAAGCUGUCGAACCGCAUCGCGGCCGCGGUCAUGAUCGACGAGGCCGCGCGCCGGGCCGCCGAGGGCGACCGCGAGGGCGCCCGGGAGCUGCGGAGCUCCUUCGUGUCCGGCGACCACGACUUUCCCGACUUCGAAACGGCCUCGAAGGCGUCGCUGCUCCACCGCCUGAGCCGCGUGGGCUCGUGCGGCGGCGAGAGCCUCGCGGUGCAGCACGGCCUCCAGCUCGACGCGGCGUCCGAGGGCAGCUCGCGGGAGGAGGAGGUGCGGCGCAAGUCCGUCAUCGCGACGCCCGGCGGCCUGCGGCGCGCGUCGUCCAUCCCCGCGAUCCCGCGCGCCGCGGACGACUUCUACGGCCCGCCGAAGGCCAAGUCCGUCGAGGCGCCGCCGCCGGAGCCGCCGAAGCCGACGGCGCCGGAGAAGACGGGCCUCGCCCGCGACGUCGCCAACGUGCUCGGGCACGUGCUCGAGGGCGGCCUCGACGGCGGCGGCGCCGCGGGCGCGCCCGCGCCGGCGGCCGCGGACGGCGACGCGGACCCGGACGAGCCCCGGGUGCUCAUCAAGACGAACACGUGCCCGACGUCCAUCUGGCACUCCACGGGGCUCUUCGACGACGACGGCGACGACGCCGACGACGAGCCCGUCGUCGUCGAGUCCUUCCCGGAGACGAUCGUCGCCGACGCGGUGCUCGCGAUCCUCCGCCGCGUGUCGGGCAUCGAGGCGGGCAAGGCCGAGAAGUCGCAGCUCCGGGUCUACGAGACGGGCAUCACGAACAACCGCAACCGCAUCGAGUCGAGCGAGAAGCGGCUCGAGUACCGCGUCGCGAACGACGAGAGCCGCAACGAGAAGGCGUUCGCGGAUCUGAACGAGGGCGCGGAGCACCUGAACGCGCGCCUCGAGAACGAGCAGGAGCGCAUCACGUCCGUGUCCCAGCAGAUCGAGAGCCUCCGGCGCAUGUUCCAGCAGCUCAACAUCGACAACAUCGGCGCGGUCCGCGAGUUCCUCGCGCCGACGCUCGACAAGGUCGACGUCAUCGCGGAGGACCUGCAGCGCGUCACGGAGGAGACGGGCUUCAAGCUCAGCGACCUCGAGCGCACGAAAGCGACGACGGAGGCCCUCAUGAAGAAGGCGGACAUGGACGUCGUCGAGGACAAGGCCACGACGUUCCACGUCGACAACGUCGCGUCGUCCGUGACCGCGCUGUCGCUCACCAUCGGCUCCCUCGCCGAGCGCAUCAUCCACAGCGAGGGCAUGGCCCAGCGCAGCGCGGAGACGGCCCAGAAGCUCGAGGUGCUCAUCAUCCAGCUCCGGAAGCACAUCCUGGAGAACGAGGACCUCAACAAGCUCAAGGACGCGGGCGGCGCGUCGCCGAAGCAGCACAACCGGCGCCGCCUCUCCGCGGGCACGCCCGACCAGGCCUCGCCCAAGGCGACCUACCGCAAGCAGACGCCGUCGCGCCACCAGAGCUUCCACAACUCGCAGAAGCUCGCGCCGAUCCCCCGCGACGGCGACGCGUCCGGCGGCGACGAGGGGCCCCACGCGAUCCCCGCGUUCCCCGGCGCGAACCACCAGCCGCCCCUCGUCCCGCCGGGCGUCGCGCUCCACAAGCACCGCAUGUCCUGGAAGAGCCCCGCGGCCGAGCACGAGCAGGCGCACGAGGCGCGGCACCGCGCCAUCGCGACGGCCUCGGAGAACCGGCGCAAGAAGCCCGCGAAGACGGCGCUCACGGAGAGCCUCCGCUCGUCGCGGCCCGAGUCCGCGCCCCUGAGCCCCUGGACGCCCGACGCGAGCGACGCGUAAAAAAACGUUUUUCGAGCUUUUUUAUG